AAAUAUUUUUUUGAAUUUACUGUUCAUCCAAGCUCAUUUGAGCUUGGGUGUAGAAAAGCACGGAAUAGAGCACUUUCCGUGUGUUGCUAAGAACGAUCUCCAGGAAUGUACUAGAACUACCGUUCAUCCUAGCCGUUGCGUGGCUUGGCGACCAUAAUUUCAGUUAGUGCGUGGGAAAACGAAAAAAGACAAGUGUACAUCAAGGCCAAUUGGGAUCGCCGCCCUGCCCUUUGUCUGCGCCUAACCAACCGGACGAGCAAACAAACAAAUAUCCUCCUCGCUUUCCCUCUCAUGCUCCAAAGUCCAAACUUUGUCCUGCCUGCAACCAAGCCUUAAACAAGAGCAAAAGUACGCCAGCGUAGCAGCGGGUGUGCGACCAUCCCAACGACGGCGACCUCAAUGUCAUCGCCAUCGUCACCGUCACCGCCGCCUCGCUCGGCAGCAUCAGCCCGUCUCGUCGACUAGAGCCAGGCACACCCAGAAAAACUCAAUCUUCCCCAUGCUUGAAGGCUGAAGCAGCAGCGAGAGGAGGGACAAGAUGAUGGUGUCGUCGGAGGCUGAGCCGUCGCCGCCGCAGCAGCCCAAGCGGCUCUACCAGGCCUGGAAGGGGAACAACGUAUUCCUGUGCGGUGGACGGCUUAUACUCGGGCCGGACGCGGCCUCCUUGCUGCUGUCAUCGUUCCUCGUAGCCGGCCCGGCCAUCGUCUUCUGUUACCAGAUGCAGUCCAAGUUCUUCCGCUCCAAUGGGCAACCACACAUGCACCGGGCUGCGCUACUGAUUGUUAUCAUCACAACACUAGUGGAUCUGUUCUUCCUGUUCAUGACAUCGGCCAGAGACCCAGGAAUAGUGCCACGGAACACAAGAGCCCCACCUCCCGAAGCUGAUGAACGGAACCUUCCCGCCACGCCAUCGAUGGAGUGGAGCGUCGGGGGCACCCCGCGGAUGAGGUUUCGCCGGACCAAGGAUGUCAACGUGAAUGGCUUCACGGUGAAGCUCAAGUUUUGCGAGACCUGCCUCAGGUACCGCCCACCACGAUCCUCGCACUGCUCCAUCUGCAACAACUGCGUACAGAAGUUUGAUCACCACUGCCCAUGGGUUGGCCAGUGCAUUGGACUCAGGAACUACCGCUACUUCUUUCUGUUCAUAGCCACAUCGACAUUCCUGUGCAUAUCCGUCUUAAUCUUUUCAUGGUUGAAUGUCCACUGCGAAAUGCAAGACAACGGCGGCUCUAUCUGGAAGGCCUUGCGCAAGGAAAUCUACUCUUUUGUGCUAAUCAUCUAUACUUCAAUUGUUGUAUGGUUCGUCGGCGGCCUAACAGUAUUGCAUCUCUAUCUGAUCAGUACUAAUCAGACAACAUACGAGAACUUCAGAUACAAUUAUGACAAGAAGGAUAACCCUUACCGAAAGAGCAUUACGAAAAACUUUGCCGAAGUGUUCUUCACCAAGAUCCCUCCUCCAUUGAAUGACUUUCGUUCACAUGUAGGUGAGGGUGCACUGGAAGCUGGGUUCUACACUCCAUAUAUUGGGCUGGAUGUGGCCAGCACAAGGGAAAAGAUUGAUACAGAUAUGCGAGAGAAAGAAGUACUCGUAGCGGGGGUACAGAUUCCAACAGUGUUGCAGAAUAUAGACUAUGGUUCCUUUGAAGAUGGUCUGUAUGACAAGAACAGGAACAAUGGCAACAAAACAGUGGCUUUUGCUCCAGCUUGGUCACAAAAAGGAAGUGAAGAUGCUGGAACAUCUGCAGCAGCUACCACAUCAUGUAAGGAGGAAACAAGUGAGGACGAUGCUAAGGAAAUUAGUAAUUCAAAUACAAGUUCUGCACGGACAUCUACAGAAGCUAACACGAUAUCUGAGGUUGAAAUAGUUAAGGACGAUGCUAAAGAAAGUAACACUCCAGAUAGAAGUUCCGCCCGGUCCUUGAAAGGCAUGAGCUGAUAAGUAUCGCUCAUAUAUGUUUGGGAAUUUGUCUAUAGAUAUGGCCACUGUGAGUUGGCAUCAUUCUUUGCAAUAUAUAGAAAAGGCAAGUGCUGGACUAUUCAAUUACGUCAGCAAAUGAUUUAAGGAGUGUAAUGAACCGAAGUAUUAUCAACAUUUUUUGUACAUUUUUA